UACAAAACAUUAAAACAUGUUAAAAACACAACAGCCUUAAACACAGAGGAGUUUGGACCAGAGCAGUGUUCAUACGUCAUCACUCAAAGACUGGACACAAGGGCGUGUUUAAUAUUUCAGUCAGUAACACCUGUUUUUAUCCAAUAGAGGUGCAGCAUUGGACACGUCUUUGUAUUCAGCAUCUGGAGGAAUCAGUGAGGCUCAAGAAUGGUUUCAAUGCUGCAAAAGCUCUGCUGGCUCUGCAGUACGCACAGAACUUUGAAAGGAGGAGAGCUCAGCAGAUGUUUGAUGAUGUGCUGCAGACAUUAGAGGAUGAACCUCCAGGCAUGCGUCAGUACAUCUACCGGUAUUAUGCAGAGUUCCGCUACUAUCACACCCCUCAGAAAGACCUCGGACUCACCUAUUACAAAAAGGCUCUGGAGUUCUGCAUCAACACAUCACAUUGGAAGCACUGUGUGAAGAAACUGACGACGAUAGCCGAGGGACGCCUCGAAAAGAAUCGCAGCGACGCCGCGUCCUAUGGCAUCCUGGGAGCAGUGGCCAGAGCUGAGGGCAAUCGGAGCAGGGCUGUGAGAAAUUAUGAGCGCGCUCUGGAAUUAGACGCCAACAACGACGAGUAUCUGUCAGCCUUGUGGGAGCUGGGCCUGGAUCUGACCGCACACAGGGAAUAGAAAGACCGCCCGGAGGAGAAGCUUCCAGAGGCCGUGUGAAAAAGUUUGUACCAGGAAGGCCACCGUUUGAACGAGGUUCCAGAACCACAGCUCAGAAAUGCUCGGCUACGUCACAUCACACCUGGGAACCGCUACAUCGAUCACUACGGCCGUCUCCUUCUGUUUGUCUACCACCAC